GAGUGGUGCCUUUAUAGUAGAACAAAGAGGAGAUCCGGCUGGUUGAGAUGGAAACGAAAGUCAAGUCAAGUUUUUUUUUGGGUGGUCGGUUGUCGUGAGACAUAGAAAGAAUAAGACGUUCCUGCAUAACUAGUUACACACAGGUGGUGAAGAGAUUGCUUCUGAACUCCUGAUCAUUUCGAUUCACUUGGUUGGACCAGAUGCAUGGAGUUUAACCACUUUUGGUGAGCAUCAUGUCAGCAGUGACUAGUCAGCCUCUUCCCUAUGGUCCACUUGAGCGAGAGAAGCACAUCCAGGGGAUCUUCAGGGCAUUCAAGAACCGAUGUGGCCCUUCCUGUGAGUGCCAGAAUCCCUCAGCUGGAGCCAAAGCCUGCCAAGUGCUUCCUGACAGAGAAGCUGAAGGACACAGUUCAGAUCUCAGUCCUCAGCUGAGGAACAUAUGCACACAGCUUCCAGUACCGGAGACAUUCGAGGUCAUGAAGCAGAACCUUAAAGAUGAAGCAGGAUUGCAGUUUUUGUCAGCAUUAGAGACAGUCAAGCAGAUAGAUGUGACCGUCAGACCUGAGCUGCUGGGCCCACAGUGUGUCUCCAGAAGGAUUUACAGCAUCUCCACAGGAAGUUGCAAGUCACAGAUGUUUGUGGCUGUGGAGGAGAGCUCCUGUGUGUGUCUCCAGUGCUGCGGUCCAGCCAGGGCCUGUUCACUGCAGGGUUAUGACUAUCAGGGAAGGCAGGUCUUUUAUUUUGAAAGGCCCCUCAGGGUAGAUGCCUGCUGCUUUGGCUGCUGCCUGAUGGAGAUUCGGGCAUAUACACCUCAAAAGCAUCUCAUUGGCACUGUAUGUCAGAGGUGGAGCAUGUUCACUCCUCUCCUGGAGGUGUGCGACUUGGAAGGAGCCUCAAGAAUUCAAAUCCAGGGCCCCUGCUGCCCGUGCCGCUGUUUUUCCAACCAACAGUUUCAGAUUGUUUCCAAGAUUGGAGAGCAAAUAGGUACGAUCUGGAAGAAAUGGCCCAGCUUCAGCAAUGAACGUAACAUGGAUAAUGAAUAUUUUGGGUUGGAGGUGACACAGAGUUUGGAGCCAAAUACUAAACUCCUGCUUCUAGCAGCUACUUUUUUACUGGCAAAAUCACAUGUUCUUUGAGAUGAGCUGAAAACUAAAAGACAUACAGACUCUGCAGGAGAUGCACCGAGCUCUGGACAGUGACGGAAAAGGUUAAGAAAAUUAAAUUUUACAGCAGUGGUUUGGUUUAUUUACCUCUAUGGUUACACUUCUCUUCCAGAUAGCAGUAAUGAAACAAUCGAGACAGCUUUAGCAGCAGAUGCAUAUUUUACUUUUAUUGCUAGAAUCCAUCAGGUGCACAUCCCAAUCAGUGUUUUUAUUUUCAAUCAUUUGCACCAACAGUUUGGGCAGAAACAGCCUUCAACACCAUAUUCAGAAGUUUUAAAAGAAAUACUGUCCAGCAUGAAAUGGAAAAACAAACCCGAUCCUCUGCAAAGUUCAUAUAUUUUGUUGAUAAACUGUAAAAGGUGAUAAGUGUUGGUUUCAGCAUGCCUUUAAAAUGGGCCUUUGGGGAAAAGUCUAUUCCAAGAACCAUUUGAAGACAUCGUUAACCUUGAACCGAUCAAGAUGUCCACAGGUCUCCACCACUGUUAUUUGGCAGCUAGUUGUGAACUUGCAAGACAGCCCUCGUACAACUUUCUGUUCACCACAGGAUAUGAUGGAUGAUGCAGUAUAGACAUAAUGAACAUGAAAAUAAAGGUCAUUGUGUUCAGAAAGAAUGAGGAAUGGUGUUAAAAAACAUCACUGUAAUAAAUCAUCAUCCACUGGUUUUGAGUCCUGCUAAAGCUCCUUAGCACAGACUUGUGUAAACAGUCUGGAUGAAAUCUGUCAAUAAAUGGUGUCCAUUUUUAUAUGAAACACAUUUUGUCAAGUAAACUUUGUCGGGUAAAAACAGCUAGAUAAGAGGACAGCAGUCAAACAAGCUCCCCCUGUUGUCAAGUUUAACAUGUUAAAACUUGCAAGCAAUAAUGAAGGUCUUGUUUCAUCACUGGUUGACCGACUUUUUCUCUCUUUGGUUUCCCUUACCGAUCGCUGACAUCUCUUUCCAUUCAAACAUCAAAUUGGACAAAAAUAGGGAAUGAUCUCCAGGUCCUCUGUUCCUGUGGAUACGUCCUCGGUCCUCGUGUUGCACAGUGCCGAUCCACGCAGAGGUAUCCAGCCCUGGACUAGUCCACCCCUCAACACGCCACAUAUACACUCCAACCUGAGCAGCAAAGACAGCAGGAGGGUUGAAACAUGUAGGGGGGAAAUCUAUUAAGCUCUGAUCAAGUACGGCAGCAGCAGCCCUUACUCUUCGCAGAGUUAUCUCCGUGUGAGGGGCUAACGUCCGCCGCUAGCAUUCACCAGUCCAUGGAAGUCUUCCCAUGCUCUGAAAGAGGAGCAUCCAGUGCAUCAUCAUCAAAUAAAAAGGUUUAAGAGUGUUAUUAAACUCUUAAUAUGACAAAAAUCCCCAAAACCCAGAAAAAAUUUAAUAUUUGUGCAACAUUUUGGAAGAUUUAAACUUCAUGUUAGGGCUAGCAGGCAAAUGGACCACAUAGGAAACACAUUAUAAGCAUUGCUAUCUUAGCAAAGAGGGGCUAAUGUACACAAACAUUCUCUAAGAGCUCACAAUUCAAAACUAAAGAAAAACAGACUUUUGCAAGAGGAAAAAAAUGGACAUAAGAGGGGAAACAAUCAACACACAUAAGGUGUACUGUGGAAAAACUAACAUCCCCUUUAUAACUCAAUGUAAAGCUGAGAAAAAAAAAAAA